CACAACCGGGGGGCACUCCGCAAACUGAUAAUAAUAAUUUCGAUCUGUGUGCCUCUUGUCGUGGGGUGUCAAAAUAAUGAUUGUAUUUUACAUCAGCAGUUGAACUGUAAGAUAAACUGCAUUUGCAUGAUAUGAGGAUUUCAAUGAGAUAGUGAAGGGACAGUGAACUUACAGUCAUGGCAGGAAGUCAAGAUGCUUGGCGAGUAACUGGGGAAGAUCGGGCAAAGCAUGAUGACCAGUUUUAUACCCUGAAGCCUGUCAAUGGCUUUGUGACAGGUACCCAGGCAAGAGAUUUUUUCAUGCAGUCUGGUUUAGCGACGAAUAUUCUUGGACAAAUAUGGACAUUAGCAGACAUGAAUGGAGAUGGGAAAAUGGACAGGAAAGAAUUCUCCAUUGCCAUGCAUUUAAUAAAGAAAAAGCUCCAAGGAUAUGAGUUGCCCAAAGUUCUGCCAGCCUCCCUGAAAGCUGAUCCAACUCCCAUGAUGGGUUCUUUCGCACAACCAGGCAUGGGUGGACCCAUGUCUCCUGCUAUGGGAAUGGGAUUUCAUAUGGGAGGUGUUCCAGCACCCAUGGGUGGAGGAAUGGGCAUGCCUGUGGUUUCAAUGAUGCAGCCCCAGGCGUCUCUAGGCACGGGUACAAUGACGACUGGAUCCCUAGGCAUGGGCCCUCGGAUGGCCAAUGGCACAGCUGGGGGUAUUCAGCAGGUGCCAGGUGCUAUGCCAGUUGCAGGGGUAGCUCCCACAGGUGUUCCUGGUGCUCCAGUCGCUGGACAAGGGGGCAGUAAGUGGGCAAUGCCUCACAACACAAAACUGAAACACACUCAAACUUUUAAUGCCAACGAUCGUAAUAAAAGAGGAUAUUUGCUGGGUGUAGAAGCAAGAGCAAUUUUGAUGCAAUCUGGAUUGCCUCAGCAAGUUUUAGCUCAAAUUUGGACAUUAGCUGAUAUCGACAGAGACGGCAAGCUGACUUGUGACGAGUUUUGUAUUGCUAUGCAUCUCUCUGAACUGGGGAGAAUGGGCAUUACUUUGCCACCAACUCUGCCACCAGAAUUACUGCCGAGCAAGUCCCGAUCAGGGAGUGUCACAUCUCCCCCACCAGCCAGUGCCCAGCCCACAACACCAAAGAAGGAUGCCUUCACAGACCUCUUGGGUAACGCUGGCAUGCCUCAGCCUGUUGCUCCUAUUCCAGCUAAUGCUCAGCCAGCUGAGGAUUUGUCCAUAGAUGAUCAGGUUACUUUUGAGGACAAGAGAAAGGAGAACUUUGAUAAAGGCCAAGCAGAACUUGAAAGGAGGAGAGCUUUGUUGCGAGAGCAGCAAAAGAAAGAAGAAAAUGAACGUUUGGAAAAGGAAAGGCAAGAGGCUGAGAAGCGAGAAAGGCAAAGGUUGGAAGCUGAAACUCGAAGGCAGGCUGAAUUUCAAAGGCAGCUUGAGAAACAGAGAGAGAAAGAAAGAGAGAUUGAAGAGCAAAGACGAAAGAUGUUGGAACAGAGAGAAGCUGCUCGGCGAGAGUUGGAACGCCAGAGGCAGAUGGAAUGGGAAAGACAAAGAAAAGAACAACUGAUUGCUGAAAAGCAACGGGAGUAUGAGCAACUGAGUAUACUCAAAUCACAGAUGGCCAAACUGAAGAAUGAACUGGAGUCCUUGGAUGCCAAGAAAGCAGAGUUGUCCCUGAAAAUCACUCAAGUCCAGGGUGGUGUCACUGAUUUCACCACCAGCAUCGAUGGAAUGAGAGUAUCUCGUGACCGCACCCUCGCUGAUAUUGACUUAUAUGAGAGGCAGUCAAUGGAACUCAACAAGAAAUCGUCUGGCCUCAACAGCGAGAAGGAUGUCUUGAAUGUUCAAGUUCAGACUGCUCAGGGCACACCUUUAUCGGACGCUCAUCGCACUGUCAUGCAUAGUGUUGACACCAAGCGAACGAGAAUCCAGCAGCUAAACAAAGAAGUGGAACAGCUAGAAAGUGAUACUGAAGCCAGACUGGGAGAGAUUGAUUGUAACAAUGCCGAGCUCAAGAACAUGCAGGAACAAAUAUCCAAACUAGAGAGAGACCUUCCCCUUCUUAGGAAACAACAAGAAGAAAAGAUCACCUUGCAGAAAAAAGCUGCUCAAGAAAUGCAGCAGAAACAGAAGCAAGAAAGGGAACGUCAAGAAAAGCUGAAACAGGAAAUAGAGCAACAGCAAAGAGCUAAAGCAGCGCCUGCAGCAGCACCAGCACCAGCACCUGCAGCAGCACCAGCACCAGCACCUGCAGCAGCACCAGCACCAGCACCAGCUUCUAAUGCUGAUGCCAACUGGUUUGACUUUAACAGUUCGGAUGCUGUGAGUUCAGCAGGUGGUGGCACUACAAGCUCCUCUGUGAACUGGGACUCUGCUUUCUCUGGCACCACAACCACAGCAGGCUCUAGUAUAGCGUGGGGCAGCACAAAUGGCUCUGUAGCCAGUACGGGUUCACAGAGCAAAACUAAAUGCAAAGCUAUAUAUGACUUCACUGCUACCCGAGAAGAUGAACUUACUCUUGUCGCUGGCAUGGAAGUUUGGGUCCUAAAUGAAUCAGAACCAGUGGUAGGCAUGGAAGACUGGCAUCGGGGAGAGAGUAAUGGUUCUGUGGGAUGGUUCCCUAAGGCAUAUGUAGAGAAAGUAGAGGAACCAUCUGGGAAUGUGUUUGGAAGUGCAUUUGAACCGGUGGUACAGUCUUCAACCAGUCAAAAAGUCGAGACUGACUUAUUCAGUUCUUCUCAAUUUACUCAGUCAAGUGCAAUAUCAGAUAGUACCAGUACUGCCUCUGCAAGUCCCUCAUCGGGUACACAGAUCCCUCCAGAAGGUCUACUGGCCAAAGCCACUUACCCAUGGAAAGCGCGACAGGAGGCUGAUCUCACCUUUGAUAAAGAUGACAUUAUUCUAGUCAAGGAGCAGCAAGACAUGAAGUGGUACGGAGAGCUCAAUGAAAAGAGUGGCUGGUUUCCAAAGGCAUAUGUUAAACUGAUUGGUGUUGCCUCCAAGUCAGGAUUGUCAGCUGAAAGUUCCACACCAACCCAGACCAAAGUUCCAGAACCAGCCAGUGUUAGCCCAGCCCCAGACACUCAGGGAGAAUACUAUAUUGCCAUGUACACGUACACCUCUGAUGAGCCGUCAGACCUCACCUUCAGCGAAGGUGACAUGAUCUUUGUGACGGCUGCCUCGGGAGACUGGUGGUCUGGCACCAUCGCUGAGCAGGGAAGGUCUGGCAUCUUCCCUGCUAAUUACGUAAAAAAACUUGAUAUUCAGUUGCAGCCUGAUAAAGCUCCUCCAAAUUCAACGAACUCAGAUUCUCUCUUCGGUGACUUUGGUGGCAAUGAUCCUUUUGGAUCAGAUAUUUUGUCAUCCGCCUCAAACCAGCUGGAUGAUCCAUUCGCCGGGGCAGGUUUGGAUCCCAUGGGUGACCCGUUUGCCAGUGUUUCUGGGACAGCAAGUUCCACAAAUGAUAUGUUCAGUGCAGUUGCUUCACCUACAAGUCCCAUGGAUGACAUGUUUGGCUCCACCACUGCGUCUGCCAUAAGUCCGGUGGACAACUUAUUUGCCAGUGCUGAUCCUGCACCAACAUCUUCCUCCUCAUCAGCUUUUGGCUCGGAUCUACUCUCAGGAUUUGGUGACAUGAGUGGUGCUUUUGGUUCAACUGGGAGUGCUUCCUUGAGCACGGAGACCAAACCCACUCAGUCUGUGUCAUCUGCUAUUCUGUCUGAUGGAUCUGACACCACUGUGUCUACCGCUACACCUAUGUCAGAGAAUGUGUCUAACUUGUUGAGCAAUUUAACCUUGGCGAAGUCGGAAGAAAGCAGUGUUACUGCAGUCAAGUCAGAGAAUCCUCCUGACAUUUUAGGGACUACUGCAUCUGGCACGGAACUGCCUGCUGAGGAAGGAGGUGGAGAGGAUCGCUUUGCCGCUUUAAGUGGGCUGGAUUGGGGAGACCUUGGAGUGGAUAAUAGUAAUGAUAAGCCUCAAGGAGGACUCUUGGAUGCCAUAGCACCUUCUCCAACCACUGCGGCAUCAGGUGUCAAGAAAGACGAGGCCUCGGGUGGUGUUGAUGCAUUUAGUACCAGUGAAGAUCUCUUCGGAGGAGGGGACCCAUUUGGAAAAGGGGGCUCUGCUUUAAGUAAUGAUGAUCCCUUUGGCAAAGAAAUGACCACUGCUGUCCUUGAAGGUUUUGGAGCUACAGCAGAAAAGGAAAAUGUUCAUGAUAAUGCGCCGUCUGACAAGCCGGCUCCCGCUCCAGAAGGUUCAGAUCCCUUUGCUGGCGUAUUGUCAGCACCAGUCUCUCAGGGUGACCUAAAAGGUUCUGGUGUGCUUGGUGGUGUAGAUUUUGGCCUGUUUGACGGUCUUGACCAAGGCACCAGCCAGGAGAAAUCAUCCUCUAAAAAUGAUGACCUGUUCUCUCUGGACCUAGUGGCUUCUCCGACAAGUGCCAAGCCUCCUCAAAGUACUUCCAGCCUCCCAGAUCUGGUAGCUCUAGAGCAGGAUGCCCUUCAGAACAACUCGCUGGAGAUUAAACUCAAAGAUGGGAUCAUCACUAAAGACAACCCAGCCCUCAGCUCUGCCGCUAUGGAGUCGAUGACCACACAAGUUGACUCAGGCAUGGGUAGAACUAGAAGUGGGUCAAGGCGAGCCCCACCCCCACCAGUAGCCAGUGCCGGAACUGCUCCUUCUGCUCCGGACAAAAAUGCUGGGGUAUCUCUCAACCCCGAGCAGAAAAGCACCAAGAAACCAGAGAUUGCUCGGGUAAUAGCACCCUAUGUGGCAACUGGCACAGGCCAGUUAAGUCUUGAGACUGGCAAUUUGAUCAACGUGCGUCAGAAAAGUCCUCGUGGCUGGUGGGAAGGUGAACUCCAGGUUCGGGGGCAGAAGAAAAAGAUUGGAUGGUUCCCAGCAAACUAUGUCAAGCUCUUGGGCUCAGCUAGUGCAAGGUCCACCCCAGAACCUACUGCUGCUGGCGGUCUUAUGGUUGGAUCACAAGGCAGCCGCUCAGCCACUCCUCAGAGCAUUGCCAGUCAGGAUGGCAUGCAAGGGAUUAAUCAGCAGGAGACAGUGGUGGCCCUCUAUGCAUACACAGCUCAAAAUGAUGACGAGCUGACAUUCCAGAAAGACGCAGUCAUUACAGUCCUCAGCCGAGACAACCCUGACUGGUGGAGUGGUCAGCUGGACGGCCAGACCGGGGUGUUCCCAUCAAACUACGUCACCCCGAACCCUCAGUCUCAGUCGUGGAUGAAUGACAACGUUCAGGAGGAGCUGUCUAAACUAGAGCGAAAGCGCCAGCGUGUCAUUCAAGAACUCAUCAGCACCGAGGAGUCCUACAACUCUGAUAUGCUGAUUGCCCUGGAGGUGUUUAAGAAGCCAUUGAUUAGUGGUAACGUCAUGCCAAAGGAACAAGUGAACCAGAUAUUUGUCAACUGGGAGGAGCUCAUUGUGUGUAAUAAAAAGCUGUUACAAGCCCUUCGAGUCAGGAAAAAGAUGUGUGGGAAGAAUGGAGUCAUCUUCAUCAUUGGGGAUAUUUUAUGUGAAAGUCUCCCUCAUAUGAAUCCCUACAUGAGAUUUUGUAGCUGCCAGCUAUCAGCUGCUGCUGCAUUGCAGAGAGCAGCAGAAAACAGCACAGCAUUUCAAGAGUUUCAUAAGUUGUGCAUGCAAAACCCGAAAGUCAAGGGAGUACAUCUUAGUGGCUAUUUAUUAAAACCUAUGCAAAGAAUAACAAGGUACCCUCUUCUUAUUGAAAAGAUUCUGAGCAACACGCCGACAGAGCACGCUGACAGGAACAAUGUGGAGGAGGCCUUGAACCUGGCUCAGGAGCUGUGCAACCAGGCCAACCAGUGUGUGAAGGAGAAGCAGAACUCUGACAGCCUGGAGUGGAUCCAGUCGCAUGUCCAUUGUGACGGUCUGGCAGAGAACAUUGUUUUUAAUUCAACUACGAAUUGUUUAGGACAACGAAGACUCAUAUUUCAUGGCAUUUUGUACAAGGCAAAAAGCAACAAGGAGCUUAUAGGAUUUUUGUUCAAUGAUUUCCUCAUGCUUGCCACCACAUCACGUCCUUUGGGCACUACCUUCAGCACUGUUCACCUCUUUGAUACAAGUACACAGUUUAAAAUGUAUCGUGUUCCCAUUUUCCUGAAUGAAGUAACGGUAAAGAAGCCUGUUGAUGACACAGAUCCUACUUUGUUCCACAUCACAAGUGACAGAAUCAUCAACCUGAAAGCUGUGUCCCAUGUAGAGAGGGAUACCUGGAUCCGAGAAAUAGAAGCAGCCUCCAAACAGUACAAAGACAAAGCAAAGAGAAAGCUGGAGAGAGCCCACUCGGUGAAGCGCCCUAGUGUUGGCAGAAUCCUUGUUGUCAUUCAAGAGGCUUGCCACUUGAAAGCCUCUGAUCAGUCCGGUAAAAGUGACCCAUACUGUGAGGUUAGCAUGGGGUCACAAGAACAUCGCACAAAAGUUAUUCCUGGAACUUUAAACCCUCGAUGGAAUGCAUCAAUGCAGUUUCUUUUACGGGAUGUAGAGAGGGACACCCUCUGCUUUACGGUGUAUGAUCGGGACCUGUAUUCUCCUAACGAUUUCUUAGGCCGCACUGAGGUUCGCAUUAAGGAUGUUCUAGACCAGAGUGGAGACAGGCGUGGACCAAUAACUAAAAGGCUCAUUCUCCAUGAAGUUGAAACUGGUGAAGUUGUUGUGAAAUUAGAUCUGCAGCUCUACGAGCCAUAGCAUGACAAGUGUAGAUGUUUUGGGAGGGGGAUACAUUUAUUCUGCUGUACUCAAGUUACAAUUUACUCAUUUCCCUACCAAGCAAUUUAGAAAUGUUGUAAAACAGUGUGAAACAGUUUCAGGUGAAUCAAGAAGGCUCUAUAUGUGCUGAUUGUUUAAUAAGAUUAUAACAUUGUUCAAGUCAUUCCAGAGGCAUUGAUGAGAUAUUGUCAUAAUGUGUAGAAUUUGUUGCCAUUUGUCUUUAUGGUCACGUUUUUUUCCUCCACUCUUUCCUUCUUCACUCCGUAUGUCAUUCUCCCAUUAUUUGUGAUGUUCUUUUGCUUUUCAUCUGUCCUUUUCAUUUCGUUUUCAACUUUGUUUGUAGUUAACUAUUCUGCAGCAUUGAUGAACAUAUACUAUUUCCUGCAGCCAUGUCGGUCUGUUAUUUGUUAUCUGUCAUGACUUUGAGGAGUCUCCUCUUGGCUGUCAGUUUAAGCGCAGUCUCUGGCAAGAUGUGCCCAUGUGGAAAAAAAGCUUCAUGUAAUAGGACUCUGGCCCCUUUUAUUCUAAAAGAAACAUAGUAAUUAAUGUUUGACAAUCACCUUUAUUAUUAUCUGUAGAUGGUGGAACAGUGCUAUAUGAGAGAGAGUUUCUUAUUUAAGAGCGUGUGAGGACUUUCUUCUCCCUUCAUCCUGUGUUUUUUCCUGUCCAUGUACUGAAGCACUGACAGAAUGCCCACUUAUUUUAGAAGUAAGACUAACAAAAAUUCUGUUGCCACAAGAAACAAUCAACAACAGGUUUUGUCAUUUUUUGUAUGCAGUUUUGUCGUCAUAAUACUCAGACAUCCUAGUCACCUUUCAAAAACAUUUCUUUUACUUUUAGCAUCCGUGUGGCAUUUUACAUCUUUCAUUUUGUUGCCAUGGUUAUAACAGGCUUUUUGCUUUUUUGUUUUGCUGCAUUGUACAGUCUUGUUGAUUUUUAGAAUAAAAAUCAGAUUACAUUUGCUUUUAUUGUGACAUCCUGGGCUAGUUUUUAAUGCAGUUCAGCUGAAUUGCCAGACAAAAAAUAUUCUUUUGAUAUUCAGUGUGCCAACUUCCUAGAUUUCUAUUUUUGUUCUUGGUGUGUGUCAUGAAACCUACAUUUCUCACUUUGUUCACAUUGUGUGUAUCAGCACUUUGCUGUCUCUUUGAAUACAAUGAUCUAAACGAUAACUCAUGCUUCCUUCAAAGUGAAAACUUCUCUUCACUUUGUAUGAAUAGCCAUACGUCUUCUACUUCAAUAACCAAUUUAUUCACAGUGAAUGUAUAUGCCUUUUUUGUAUCUGCUCUUCCAUAUUACCUACCAAAUCUUUGUAUUGUCAGAAGUUUUGCUCAGUAGUAAUUAACACAUAAGUCCUUGUAGUGCAUGCUUUUACACGCAAACUAUAUACUUUAUACAUAUGUAUGUGUUCCUUCACUCUAGAAUCUAAAUAAAACGUAAGUUUUCUUGUGUCUGGAUAGUUGAUUGACAUCUGAAGGUGGGACAAGGACAACACAGAACAAGACUUGUGUUUCCAGCUUACAUUAGCUGGUAGAAAGGAACUAUUUUUUUCAUUGUUUCCUGUUCAUGCCAUUUUCCUGUUUAAGCCUGCUUCUCCAUUUAGAAACCAAACCGAGGUCUGCAUAUGGUUAGAAUAUAAUGUUCUGUGUGUGUGAACUUUUGGUUUUACAUGUAUUUGUAUUUUUUAUCUGUGGCUGAGAUUGAGAUGCUUUAGAUUAGCCGAGAGCCACCUUCAUCAGUAUCCAAAUCCCCUUACAUCCCCCCCCCCCCUUUUUUUUUCUCGAAAGAUCUGCAUUUUACUUACCUGUGAACAUGUAUAUGUUGAAGACAGACCUGUGAUGAAAAACAGUCAUUACAUUUUAAGUGAUGGAAUGUUUUUCAAUUUGCUAUCACUUUUGAUGACAGUAUUGCAACAGGGUUUGAAUUCUCAGUGUUUGAAGUGUAAAUGGUUUAGCAUUAUGUACAAAGUCAUUAUCCCUAACCUUUUUGUUUUAAUGAAUAGAGACAGUUCUUAGAAUAAUCUAGGGUGCAGAAUUAUAUCCCAACAAGUAUGUUAAUUUGGGACAGAGAAACAACAGAGGAAUUUAGAAAUAAAUUUUAUACUGCUUGACCAUCCCAGGAAGAAUCCGUUCGAGGAAUAAUCUCCCAGCCAGCAUCCUUUUAAUAAAUUGGUUUGUGUUGAACCUCGAGACUCAGACCAAGGAUAAAAAGGGCUGGAAUGGAUAUGUCUUAAAGUUAAAAGGAUGAAAGCAAUGUGUGAUAAAAAAUGAUCUGAGAGAUGGAUGAAAAUAUAAUCAAUUUUCAGUGGUUUGUGCAGUUGACAUUCAAGCAAAACAGCUUCCACUUGAUGGGAAUGGUUUCUAGGGAGACAGUUGAGAUGUUUUCUGUUUGAUCUGGUUAGUCCUUCAACUGUCUAUGAGUGUUUUCUCAAUCAUUCACAAUAGUGCUUUUGAUGAUUGGUUCAACUGUACUUUAGUCUCUGUCUUAUGCAACAUAGUCUCUUUUGAAAAGGGUUCAAAUAAGUAAUUUAAAAUCAUGUGAAUUACAGAGCUCCACUGGGCUCCUAAUUAAAGAGAAUCUUAAAAUCUCCUGGAAUACUUUUUUUUCUUUCUCAUUCUUGAAGCAGGUUUGAUGAAAGUCCAUGUAAUAAAAAUCUAAAUCACUAGCAAAUUUCAAAAUUAUUUUGUUUUACUUUUUGUUAUUUCUUCCAAGCUUCCUUGGUACUUGAUAAUACUAUUUGUUUGCACUUAUGCAUUGUAUUUUUAACUGUGACAUUAUUUGGUCCUGGACGGUCCACACCACAUUAGAACUUUUAAAUUUUAUUUCUGAAUGAUUUUUGUGAUAGCACAAUGUUAAGUAAUAUCCAAAGACGAAAUUGAAGCCACCAUUUUGUGUGACCAAAUCCAAAUUUCCUUUUUGUAAAAUAAUCUUGAGGAUGUAAACACAGAUCAUGGACUGUUGUGAUUUCUUAUUAGAUACUUUUAUUGAUGUUAGUGAACCUUGUUUGUUUUCAGUAGUAUGAAGAAUAUACAGGCUGUUGAUUAUAUUAGCCUACAUGGUGUUGGAUUGUGUAUUCAUUUAAACAUAGUGAAACAACAAAUUCAGGAAAAAUAUUGUUGCAUGUGAUGAAUAUUAUUUUUUGCCGCAUAUUUUUUAAAACCUAUUAUAUAUGUUACUGUUGAUAAUUUUUAUGAAUACCUUAGUCAGUAUAUCUGUGAUCUUGGCAGGUCACAUGUAUUUUCAUGUCGUGGAAUAUUUUAAAACCAAAUUAUAGUAUAGCUUUUUUGAGCUCUCCUCUCUCUGUUUAUCUCUGUCUUUAUAUGUUUCUCUCUCUCCAUAUUCCUCCACUCUCUUUAUCGUAAUUUCAUGUCUUAUCUGAUGCAAACUAUUUUUUUUUGUAGUGAUUGCCUAUUUUAUGUAAUUGACAUCAGUGGUACAUAUAUGUGAGGCAUGAUGGUGAAAUCAGGCGCUCAUCAAAGUAAUGAAAUUGAAGAAACUGGCAUUUUUCCCACCAAUUUGGCAAUUAAAAAAAAAAAUUUUAACGUGUUGCUCAGCACCUUUUGUGCCCAUCUUGUUGGAUUUUACUGAAAAAUGUUGAUCACAGGUACCAAAAUUGUAACUUUCUAGUGUCCAGGGGUAUUCGAGCUUUGGAAGUCACCAAACUUUGGCAGCCAUUUUCUCUCUAAUUUUAACUAUGAUACCAGGAGACCUCCACCUCCUUCAAUUAGAAAUAUCUCGAUUUCUAUUCAAGAUAGAUGGGGAUUCUUUUAAUCGAAAGCAAGUCAAAUGAACAAGCUUUAAGAUUAUACCUAUAACUCCCUCUGAUGAUGGGCAUGAUCAGCAAGCCAACCCUUUCAUGGAUUCUGGAGAAGAGGGAGGAGCACCUUUGGCAUUGUACUGCCUGUGAUAAUACUAAUUCUCCUACCAAUUACCAAUGACCAAUAACUUCUUAUGCCCAAAAAUUGACGAGCACCUGAUUCCACCAUGUCAUGACACCUGUAUAUAUAUACACAUACAGUUACUCUGUGACACUUAAAGUACUUUGGGAUUUGGCUAUUAGUAUUAGUGCUGUCCUGACGAAUGGGGUGACUGUAUAAUGAAUAUAUAUGUAUUUUUUAAAUGUUAAAAAAUCGCUGGAAUGUUGCAUGAAACAAAACUGAUUUUUUAAAAAAAUUUUGGCCCCGUUUUGAUCUGAUUGUGAUCUGCACCUUAUUGUGAUAAGCUUACAAGUUUCAGUUGAAAAACUUUGAUGACUGAUUUAUUCACAUUGACCCCCAACCUACACCACUCUUUAGUGAUGUCUUCGUGUGAGGAUUGUUCCUCCACAUUCAAUAACCAGUGGCUGACCGAAUCAAUUACUCCAAUGAUGAGUCUGUAUAAUCUUAAACUUCUCAUACUGUAAAGAAAUAACCAAGUUCAAAGAUUCAAUCUACCCUAUGGAGCAAAUGGGUAGUGCCCUCAUUUGGUGAGUUAUAAAUGUUUUAUGCUUGUGAUCAGACUGUGACUUUUUCGAGUGUGAUACACUGUCGACUUGUGGUUUUACCUGUCUUUCUUGAAAUUGUUGCCUUGACUUACAAAAAACAAAAGCAAACACUGAUUUUCAAGUGGGCCUGGUGUGUUUUGCUGACAUAGCAUUUAUUGUUUCUGCUCUUUUUCAUGUACAUAAAAGUUCUUCUGUCCCCACCAUGGGAUUAGUAGGUUUUUAUCUUCAGAAAAAAAUGUUAGUUUGAUAUUCUUUUAAGAAGAAAUUUUAGAAAUCAAACCUCAACUUGCUCUUCAUGUGCUGGUACUGUUAUAUAAAGGUUAUUUGGCCACAGUUUUAAAAGGAGCCAUUGCACCUUAAAACUGAUUUCUAAAGAUUUGAGGACUUGUUCUCUCGAUUCCUAUACUUGACAGUCUCUCUGUGAAACAGUAAAUUUAUUUAGUGUAUUCAAAACUUUAAUCAUUUAGAUAGAAGAUACUCUCCCAAAAGAGACCCCAGUUCAAUCUAUCCCUUGUGUAGUAUAGCUGUGAGGAGAUACUCACAACCCACCUGUGAAUCUGUGGGAGGAUGUCAAAAAGCUAUUACUGUAACGACUUUUUUCCAAAUUUAAAAUGACAUUCAGUGUUUGGUUGUGUAUUUGUCAGCAAUGUCUUAAAAUUUUUCUCUAAAAAGGACUCAGUAUGUUCUAAUAGGCUCCUGGAAUUGGUGGACUGAUUUAUGAUCUGAGAUGGUUUGCUGUGUGAGGGAUAAAAGGUAUCAAAUUUAUGUGAAUUGUUUUCACUUUGUCUAAGUUAAAUUUCUUUAUAGGUAGGCAAAAAGAACCAGAUUGAUGACUUUUGUAUCAGUUUCGGACAAACCCACACAGAUUCUCAGGUAAAUGAUGUUAAGUCAAAUCUUUUGCUUUUAUGGGCUUUUUUGUCAGCAUUUAUUAUUAAAAGAAUAUUAUGUGCAGUGCUUCCAAAGAACAUAGAAAAUAAAACACACUAAUGAUGUGAACAGUUACAACAACAACGGUGUCGCAAUUUUCAGUUAUUUUUAGUAUUGUGGUAGAGGUAUCGCAGUGUGGAGGUCCAUUCAAACCAGUUGGCCUUCAUUUGAGGCGUUCGUGGUCUCAUGUGUUUCUCAAAUGUUACUUAUCAUGUUUUGCUAUGUAAUUCUGCAUAUAUGUGAUUCAGUCACUCAAGAGCAUCAGUUGAUUGCCAUAAGAUAAGAGAACUAUGACGACGUACUGAAAGUACAUGUAUUAUGUGUUCAAAGCAAAGAUCAUUCUAUUAUAAAAAGUUGUGGUCAGAGUUAUGCUUUCCUAUCCAUUAGUGCCAGUGGUUGUUCUAAGAGUAUGGUACAUUCAAUAAUUUCAGUUGAUAGGUCAAGUCCCUCCCACUCUCUUGAAUACUUUCUUUCUACACACAUGUCUGUAUCUUGUCUUUCUUUUGUUUUCACAAUGCUUCACAAUUCUGUUCCUUUUGGUUUAUCAAACUUGAUGAAAUGUGCAAAUUAGCAUGAUUAAUAAUGAUUCUAAAUAGCACUUAGCUGCAUUCGUUACUUAACAAUUUAUUGUUUUUCAGUAUUGUUUGAAAAGCUGGUAAAGAUAUCUUGGCACAUUUACUGCCCUGGCAGCAUCUCAACAAAGCCUUCAAAUGGUGGUUGUGUUUUAGGGUAUAUUCCUUUUGAAUCCCGAAAUGUGAAAUGCAGUAUAGUUUGAUGCAUUGAUUUUAAAAAUUCUUUCUCAGAACCUUCAAAUAAGAAUUUGUCAUUCUUGUAAGCCUAUGUGUCAUGCUUGCCAUAGCACUGUUGGCUAAUGUUCAAUAUAAAGUUACUGUCACACAGCAUAUCAGUGACUCCAGUGCUUUUACUUGACCUAUAAAGCAGGGUCAAACUGAGUUUCUUGUGAAAAACAGUGGUGAUAAGCAGUGUUUUCAUGAAUUAUAAACACAAUUUCUCUCAUAACAGUGAAAACAUAUGUUUUUCGUAAAAGUAUUGUGUAGGUUUGUGGUCCCUCAUACAUUGUGUUAAGGCUUAGCAACUGGUCAAAUAGAGCUGUUUUUUUGCAUUUGUCAUUGUAUGGAUAUUCAGCAAACACGUAUGUCUGGGGCAGAGUUCAUUUUUCUGUAUAUUCAUAUCCCUCAAGACACGUUUCAUCGGUUUGUGAUAUCGAAAUGCGAGAAUUUGAUUUGUUUGACAUCUGUGUUAAAUAUUGAUUAUUUGACUCAGUGUUUCUCUUCUGUUAUUGACUUGAUACCAUCAUACUUUUUAAUCUAUAUCUCACCUUUCUAUCUCUGAAGACUUGUGACCAAAACAGUUGAACAAAACAAGUUGUUAGGCUUCUUUGGAAGACUAAUAGAGUCCUUUCUCUUGAUAUUGGACAUUUUAUGGGGAUGAAAUUCCAACGAUGACCCAUUUUAUGAUGUUGCUGUGUGUUUGCAUGUGUGCUUAUAAAUCAGACAGAGAAGAGAGUGGUUUAAGGAAGAAUGUUUUGUGUGAAUGUGGGUGUGUGUGUGUGUGCUUGUGUGAGAGACAGACAGAGACAAAGAGAAAGAAUGAAUUACUUACUUCGUCCUAGUUCUGCCUGAGCACAGUGGUUUAGUGAUCAGCGGAAUGCUUGAAACUGAGUUGUAAGUGAUCGGAUUCAUUGUACAUUCGUUUUGGGGGUUUUUUGCCAAUGGGUUCUUAAAUGUUGAAAAGAAGACUAAGUGCAAAAGUCUGAUUCAAUAAUGUGGCGUGAUUUAUACUUAUACUUGUCUUUUAAAAAACUGAUUUUACACCAAGGUCCACAGGGGAUGUUAGUGAUUAUAAUUGAUUCAUGGGAUUGUAUCAUGUUGUAAUUUGGUUCAUAAAUUGUUGGUGCAUAAGCUGUCAUUUAUCAUUUUAAUUGUUUUUUAUCUCUUUUUUAACCAUUUUGUUCAUUUGUUAUAAUGUCUCUUAUUUGAAUUGAAAUAUAACUACAAAAAAACGCUUCUUUAUAAGAAAUGAGGAUCUUAUGUUUUUUGUUUUUUGUUACGAUGUUUUUAAGAUCCAUUUGGAAUGCUGAUUCCGCUAUGUGGAGUUUUGGGGUUAUAUUUGUACCUUGUAAUUGUGAUGUAGUGGUUAUGCUUUUUCUCGUAAAUGCAGAAGGCAUCAUGAGUUCAGUUCUCAAAUAAGGAAAAUAUUUCAUCGAGUAUUCCUAUUUUCAACUGAUAGCCUAAAUUAGCUCAGAUAGGCUGGAUCAAAGCAUUGAGAAGGGGGGGAGGUGUUAGACCGAUCAACACGGAAAUGAUUCAACUUGUUAAUAUUACAGUGGAACAGAAAAUACUGCAUCUGUAAAAUUCUCAAAAUUUUUUUACUUUCUAACAUUGCAGUUGUUGAUUUACAGGUACCUUUUAUUUGAGUGAAAAUUCAUAUUAUUUUUGCUCCCAAGUUUCUACAAGGGUGCUCUCAGUCUCCGAAAAAUUGGUAAAUUGUCAUGGUCAGUACCUUUGACCAUCAUAUGUUUUUAUUUGAGAGCCCUGUGUGGAGUGUGCUCCAUAAAUAGAUUUCUGUGUCUCGGGGCUUGUCGUCUGGAAAAAGCUUUUUUGAGUUUUUUUUUUUUUUUUAAAGGCGGGUCAAUUUUUUGUCAAGAGCCCAUAUCCCCUUUGAAAACAAAACCUGAGCAGCAGAUUUUCAAUUUGCAAACCUCCAUUUACUUUCAAUCGUGUUCUUGUGCCAUUCCUGUCGUUUUAAAAAAAUCGGCCUACAACCUGCCAUUUUAUGCUUUCAUAGUAUUCUGCAGUCAGUUGUUCUAAAAACUAUAAAAUAUGUUAUUUGAUGGCAGACUGUUCUAAGAUUAGAACAGCGACUUUAGACACACGGGCUUUGAAGGAAAAGGUUUGGUCUAAAGAAUCAUCAACAAGCUCUCUCUCAAGCAACCAGCUUGUGGUGGUUUUUUAAUAUGAUGCAAGGAGCUAAGAAUUCAUAAAUUUCUUUCUAACAUUUUGUUAGUGAGACUGCUGACAUCAUUUGUAGUGCUUUGAUAUAAUUUUUCAAUUUAUAAUGAUUUCAAAAUGGUCAAGAACUUUCUUAUUCUCAUGAGACCAGGCCUGAGUUUUCUGCUAACACAAAAGCCAACAGGACUUUGGUUCUGUGAGAAUCAUAGCUACUUGGAAAAAAUUACACAAGCCUAUUUUUUCUGCUUUAGAGGGUGAUAACAAAUUUGUUAAACAUGAUAGAGUUAAAUAUGUAGGCCUACUAUUCCUUGAUUUUAUUCUUCAGUUUGAAUUUUCAGCUUGGAACAAUAUCAUAAUGGAUGAAAAAUUAAACCUGCCAUUAUGGAUUAUUCUUAAAGAUGUAAGGAAUAAAAAAGUUAUUGCAUCACCUUCUAAGCACAGUACCUUGCCAUAAUUCUUAAUUAUUAUGUGGCAUAACAGCUUGGCUGAAGGUGCCAUCUUUGGAAAAAGUUCUUCUGUCUUAAUUUUGUCUUUUGUCAUAGAGUAGAUCAAAUACUUUUGAGGCACGCACUGCUGUACACAUUACUUAGCAACUAACACCUGCUUGUCACUAUAAGUUCUAAGCAUACCACAUUUGUGUUCAUAAUGAGUUUUGUUUUACUGUUUUACUGUUUCACUCUCAUUAUUACUACUUGUACCCUUCUUUGUGUACUAAAUUAAUGGCUCAAAUCUGUCUUUGUGUGUAAGCUAAGACUAUCCAAGAAUAAUUACGCACAUCAUGACCAUACUCCUAUACGUCGAAAUGAGUUUUUCAUGCCAUUCUUCGGAAUCACAAUAUUUUUAUAAUAUGUACCUGUCUUAGCUGAUGAAGGAAGUAUUUUCUAUUUGCAGUUAGGAAUAGUAAAGUGAUGAUCUGAUGCUGUUUUGGGAAUUUUUUUCAUCUAGAAAGUGUUUGUAUCAUAUAUCAGUAACUUGUAUAUUAUUAUGCCAUAGUUGUUAAAGACCUGCUCGAAAGUUUUUUCUUCUCUAGAACCUUUUUAAUCAUUUCCCUUUUUGGGGAUUCAACCUGUGGGUGAAUGAAUAGUCCAACAAUUUAUUCCGACAGCUUCUAAGUCAUUUUAUCCUUAAGAAUAGGCCUACCACGUUUGUUUAUUUUGUGCAAGCCAUUUUUUUUCAAUCUUAUUUUAUUUAAGAUUUGAGUGAAACGUUUGGAGAAAUUUCAAAUAAAAUUCAUGGAUGUUUAUUAUAAAAAUUUUGAAGUCUGAUCUUGUACUGAGAUUUUUUUAGAAACUAUAUCAAUGAGUUUUGUUGUUUUUUUCUUGGCACCAAUGUCCACUAAAGGGAGGGAGUUGAAGUAAUGUUAAUAAAUAUUGUGGCUUUCAAGCCAGAAAUUUUACUGCCAAUGCUCUCUCCUGAGCUUAAUCAAUGCUGGCUAGAUCUGUUUGGGGGUUGUUGUUUUUUUUGUGGGUUUUUUUUUAUCUGUUUGUGAAAAGCAUAUGGAAAAGUGAAUGACGCCAUGAUAAGUUGGUGUUAGAAUAAGUAUAUUAUUGAUUGAGUGAUUCCAAGUUGUUGUUCGUUACAUGAUAUAUUGUUUAAGACUUAUUAUUUUGCAAGUGAUAUUUUUGUUACACAUAUAUUCUACAUGAAUUUCUUGUUCAUUUAUGAACUGUCCAUCUGCUUUCAUGAGAUACUGACAAAUGAGAUGAAAACAGCAGAAUACUAACCCACAAGGGGAUUGAAUUGUGUGUUUAGUAUUGCUUUACCUGUUUGCUUUAGGGCUAGAUAUAAGGUGUGUGGGGUGUCUUUUUUUCUUGUAAGUUUUUUGGUUUGGUUUGGAUUUGUUUGGUGUUGGUUUUUAAAGAAUAUCUGAGUGUGUUCGAACCUUGACAAAAGUUUUAUAUUUUUAGGAUUGCAGGAAGGCAUAAUUUCAAUUAAAUGGCAAGCACUUCAUUUUUAAAUUGCUGUUUUGUGGAGUUUUGUGAAAGGGCAAACACAGAUGUAGUUGAAUUUCAAAGCAACAAGAUAAUUUACUGUACCUGUGUGAUGCUUGAUGAGAAACUCAGAAUUUAACACAGUUAAUGUUUUUGGGGUGUUGUUUUUGUUUAUUCAUUUUCUAAAUUGUCAUGAAAUCCGGAACACUGUACGUAGUUGUUGCGCAUUCAUUUAUUGACCAUUAAUAAAUUACACUGUUUCAAUGUAA